AUGUUCCAGGCAUUCGAGUACGAUGCCAGCGGUGAGGCAACUCAGAUCGACACAGCUUUCGCUUCGGACCUUGCCGAGUUUCUCAAAGCUCACAGCCUCGAGAAACGGUUCUCGAUCAUCCCGAACUCUGCAGACAGAGAAGACUUCGUUGAGUUCACACAUCCUAGUGGACGCGGCACCAUCAGUGUCCCUCUUCGCCUUACCCCCGAAGAAGAGAUUAAGGCGAGUGAACCUGUCAUCACUGGAUGGAGCUUCCAUGUCAAUGAACACGGGAUUGUUGAGUGCAAGGGGAAUAACGUCUGUGCCCCUAUGAACUCUGGCAAUCACAAGGUGUUUCGGGAUUCGAAGCCCUACACUGAGCAUGAAGUCAAGGUUAUGCCCCGGUUAGAUGCUGCCGGAGAAGAGUCUUAG